UAACCAAAAAGCGGUGCGGAAAAAGUUUACCAAUAACCAGGCCAAAACAGCCGCCGACGAAAUUCGAUCUUAAUCUUUCGAUUUCCCGAUCGACGAGGAGCACUCUCACGGCCGUCGGCCAUUCGCUACACCGCCGCCGACCACAGAAAUUCCCGGAGUUUUACUGUUGAAUACAUAUUCAAAGUUUGACUCCAGUGCGUGAAGAACACUAUUAACGGGCUUAUAGCUAACUGCUGAUAUCCUACCCAGGAAAAAGGAAGGAGAGGAUGAAGAAAGUCAAAGCUGAAACUCGACUCCCAUACCUUCCGGGUGGGAUUGUUGUUCACAUACUCGCAAAACUACCUGUUAAGUCCCUCCUUCAGUUUCGGUGUGUUUCCAAGUAUUGGCGUUCAUUAAUAUCGGAUCCCAAAUUCAACCUUUCUACUCAAAAGGAGCAAGUUGUUGUCAUGUCUAUGCCGAUCCUACAGAGUAAGUACCAAAAGAGUGCUUUGGUCCACGUGAUAUGUGAUGAAGCGUCAAUGAAGGUGCUUCCUCUGCCUAACCCAUUGAGAGGGCCUUACUAUAAUGAUUUGCCAGAUUUAAGGGGUUCUUGUAAUGGGUUGGUGCUUGUAAGUUAUGAUCAGGACUUGUUCUUGUGGAAUCCAUCCACUAGAUGGUGCAUCAAAGUUCUUUCACAUUGGUGCUUGGGUAAGUACAGACAAGGCUCGUCAUUUAUUUCUGGACUUUGUUACGACUCCUCGACUGGUGAUUACAAGGCAAUAAUGGUGUCUAGGGCUUGCAAUUUUGCUAUGGUUGGAAGCUUUGGAAACAAAACUUGGACAGAGAUUCAUUUCCCUUACACUGAUAGAAUCUUGGAGUCGGGGCCUACAACAAAUGAUCGUACGCAUUGGUUGGUACAUAGGGGAGAAGAUCUUCACUCACAAGUCAUGCACAACUUGAUUGUUUCUUUUGAUCCACAAAUGAAUGAUUUUGUGGAGAUGCCAGUGCCACAAAAUGAGCGAAUCAAACGAAAUAUUGUACAUGGUUUUGGAGUUUUGGGCGGAUGCCUUUCAUUGGCUCUCACUUCUGUCCACGAGGGGCGUAAAGUAACUAGUGUUGAGGUGUUUGCUAUGAGAAAAUAUGGUGACGAGGCAUCUUGGACAAGUUUGUUCAUUAUAUCAGACUUAAUCUUGUGGAAUCCAGGUUAUACUUCGGUGGUGUCAUUGUGUUCUACAACAAACGGGGAAGUGCUAUUUCUAUGGGAAGGUGAAGGUGGAGUUAUGGCAUACAAUCCUGAGCGUAAUUCGUAUAGGUGUGUUAAAUCCCGAUCUUGUAGAGUCUACUGUAUUACUUCAUUUUCCGAAAGUGUAGUUUCACCCCCCUGCUGCAAUUGGGAAACUGAGGAUUACACGGUAAUUUCUCUUUCAGGCCCGAUGCAGAAGUAUAACACCAGACGGCCUGGUGUAGCUUUAAGUAAAUAAUUCAUUUACGCAUCGCUGCUAGGCGUUGAUAUUUCGUCGAACUUUGUAUACGUUCUACUAUAUGAUUUUCUUGCUUCAAACCAGAACGCUAUGAACCCUAUUACUAUUUGAUUGGGUGUUAUGUUUUAUGUUUUCGGUGUAUAUGAUAGUCCUCUAAAAGGAUGAAACAGAGCUGCUAUCGUAAACUUGUGAUUCAGGAACAUUAGUUUUUUUUUCUUAAA